GAUAACAAUGUCAUUGUACAAGUUUAAAAAAGUUCGAAAACAAUAUUAACUAGCUUUUGAUCGGUGAUUGUUCCGGUUAAUUAAUUAAAGAGGCGAUUUUAAAGGCGAUUUUAUGGUGGUCGGAAAAACAGUUUUCCGAAUGGAAUGUUAUCCAAAAACCGUUCGUCUGAUGACGGUUUUGUCAGAUUUAGAGACAGAUGUGGAGCGGUUGCGCUCGAUUGUCUCCUCGAUCUCCAUAGUGGACAUUCACCCCCACUCUGAUGAACGGUUUCUUCCCACUCUCACCCGGACUCUCUAUAAAUAUGAAUCUCGGGUAAACUCUUACUACAAUCUCAAUCAUAUUGCUUUACUUUCUCUUAAUUUUCGCUCAUAUCAAAUUCGUAACACAAUGGCUGAUAACUUACGCCGAGCGAUCCAAGAUCUCAAUCUGGGAGCAGAUGAUGCGCCUGAGAUGCUACCACAAGCAGUGUGCCAUGAAGCGGUUCGGGUGAACCAAUUCUCACUAAUGGGGCGUCCUCUAAUCCGCAGGAAGCAGAACAUACGAGCAAUGCUCACCUCUCUGCCGCGAAUGUGGGGUCUCACUGGUCUCAUUACUGGGAGACUGAUUGAACGUACCAAGUUUCAAUUUGUUUUUCCAUCUGAAGAAAUGAUGCGCUCGGUUAUCAACCGGGGUCCUUGGGCUUUCAAUGACAGGAUGCUGGUGGUUCAGAGAUGGACUCCGGAUCUGAUGGAGGAGGAGUUAAACACCAUUCCUUUUUGGGUUCAGAUAAGGGGCAUUCCGCUGCAGUACCUGACUGCUGACGUGAUCCAGCACAUUGGUGAUAGGAUUGGUGAAGUGAAGGAUGUUGAUUUCAAUCCUGAAACUGCCUCAGCAAUUGAGUUUGUUCGAGUGAAGAUUCUUUGGAAUGUCAACCUUCCUCUUCGUUUCCAGAAGAAUUUUCAAUUUGUUCCGGGAGUUAAUACUCUCCUUCGGUUCAGAUAUGAAAGAUUGAGGGGUUUUUGUGAGACAUGUGGUAUGCUAACUCAUGACACUGGCGAGUGUCUUAAUCAACCUCAACAUCACCCAGAGGAAGGAGAUGAUCAUGAUGCUAAUGAUGGUGGUGAAGGACAUCAACAAGCAGAGGAUGCGGCACCAGAUAAUCAGAAUGCAGAGAUGGGAAAUCCAAAUGAGGACUCUGACGGAAGUGCAGCUGACUUGGGGGAAGAUCGGGUAGAAGAUGGUGUGUAUCGUGCUCAAGCUGCUUCUGCUGGGGUCCAGCAUGCCCUGCGUGAUGAGGAUUGGCAUCAACACACUGUGAGGCGUAAUCUGUUUGUUGACACUCUGCUGGAGGAGUGUCUUACUGGAGAUGGAGGUCUUCUUCCAGCCUCUAGGAGGCAAUCUCAGGAUCAUGUUAGCAUCGAUGGAGGUUGGUCUUCUGAUCGUACUUUCCAGCAAUAUGGGAGCUUCUUGGAAUCUGGAAGUGCUUCUGGAGAGUCAUCUCGUAAAAGACAGAGAGAAGAGGAGGUGUUUGCGGAUAAGUUCCCCAUUGUUUCCGAGAAGUACUCCAAGAUAGAGUCAGCUCAAGGCAACAACUCUUUACGGAAAAUCCAGACGGAUUAUGGUGCGAUGGAGGAUGAGACUGACACUCUCACUCCUCCUUCUUUCUGCAGAGGCGCGGUGGGCCCGAAUCCACCAACUCCACCAUGA